GCUCCUGAGGAGAAGAGACAGGAGAUGGCCCAUAUUCUGGCCCAGAAACAGCUGCGCUCCAUCAUUCUCAGUAACGUGAUCCGGAGCCCGACACCCAUCAACGAUGAGAUGGCCCACCAGCUGUAUGUGCUGCAGGUGCUCACCUUCAACCUACUGGAGGACCGCAUGAUGACAAAGAUGGAUCCUCAGGACCAGGCUCAGCGGGACAUCAUCUUUGAGCUGCGGAGAAUCGCCUUCGACGUGGAGUGUGAGCCCAACAGCAGCGGGAGCAUCGAGAAACGCAAGUCCAUGUACACGCGCGACUACAAGAAGCUCGGCUUCAUCAACCACGUGAAUCCAGCUGUGGAUUUUACCCAGAUUCCUCCAGGCAUGUUGGCUCUGGAUAACAUGUUGUACUUUGCCAGACAUCACCAGGACGCCUACAUCAGAAUUGUCCUGGAGAACAGCAGUCGAGAAGAUAAGCACGAGUGUCCGUUUGGCCGCAGCAGCAUCGAGCUGACCAAGAUGCUCUGUGAGAUACUCAAAGUUGGCGAGCUCCCCAGUGAAAACUGCCUCGACUUCCACCCCAUGUUCUUCACCCACGAUCGCUCCUUUGAGGAAUUCUUCUGCAUCUCCAUCCAGCUGCUUAACAAGACGUGGAAGGAGAUGAGAGCCACAAGUGAAGACUUCAACAAGGUAAUGCAGGUGGUGCGGGAGCAGAUCAUGCGAGCACUGACUCUCAAGCCUAAUUCUCUGGACCAGUUCAAGAGUCGCCUGCAGAAUCUGAGCUACACGGAGAUCCUGAAGAUACGCCAAUCCGAAAGAAUGAAUCAGGAAGAUUUCCAGUCACGUCCAAUUCUGGAGCUGAGGGAGAAGAUCCAGCCAGAGAUCAUGGAGCUGAUCAAACAGCAGAGGCUCAACAGGUUGUGUGAGGGAACCUGCUUCAGGAAAAUCAGCAGUCGCAGGAGACAAGAUAAAUUUUGGUAUUGCCGUCUGUCUCCGAACCAUAAAGUCCUGCACUAUGGAGACCUGGAAGAGAGCCCUCAGGGCGAGGUACCCCACGACUCUUUGCAGGACAAACUGCCUGUGGCUGAUAUCAAAGCUGUUAUCACCGGCAAAGACUGUCCUCACAUGAAGGAGAAGGGAGCCCUGAAGCAAAACAAGGUUUUAGAGCUGGCCUUCUCUGUCCUCUACGAGUCUGACGAGUAUUUAAACUUCGUUGCUCCCGACAAACAUGAGUACUGCGUGUGGACCGACGGUUUGAACGCCCUCCUCGGUAAGGAGAUGACCAGCGAUUACACCAAAUCUGACAUGGACACCCUGCUCUCGAUGGAGAUGAAGCUCCGCCUUUUGGAUCUAGAGAACAUCCAGAUUCCGGAGGCCCCGCCCCCAAUUCCCAAAGAACCUAGCAACUAUGACUUUGUUUACGACUGUAACUAGACAAACACAUAACCGAAACAGAACCCAGACCCAUUCAGCACCUACUGUACUCAUUGGACCAAACCC